AUGGCCACCCCCGGAGCCACCAAGCGCCUCACUAAAGAAUAUGCCUCCAUUACGAAGUCGCCGCCACCUUACAUCAUCGCACACCCCUCGGAGAAGAACAUCUUAGAAUGGCACUACAUCAUCACCGGCCCCCCAGACACACCCUACGACGGCGGCCAAUACUGGGGCACCCUCACAUUUCCUCCCGACUACCCCUUUGCUCCCCCCGCAAUUCGCAUGCACACACCCUCUGGUCGCUUCCAGCCCAGCGCCCGCCUCUGCCUUAGCAUAUCCGACUUCCAUCCAAAGAGCUUCAACCCAGCCUGGGAAGUCAGCACCAUCCUCACCGGCCUGCUGAGCUUCAUGACGAGCGAAGAGAUGACCACGGGGUCCGUCCGCGCAAGCGAAGCAGAGCGCAAAUGUUGGGCCCAACUGUCGCGAUGGUGGAACAGUACCGGCGGCGGUUCCCCGCAAAGCACCGCGCAGUCAUCCAACACACGAGGCUUCGGUGGUAUCAAGGCUGGCGAUGGCGGCGCAAAGUUCAAGCAGGAGUGGCCAGAGAUGGAUGCUGAGAACAUGAAGUGGCUACAAGCCAGGAAAAUUGACCUCGCGACAGGUAUGCCACGCGCACCGCCUACAUCUACACAGCCACCGUGUUCGCCCGAGGUCGCGGGACUGAGGAGACGGACAGGUGCCAGUGCGACGGUGGUACAUGACGCGGCACAGAUAGCAAGGGACGCUGGGCAGAGUUGGCUGAGUCGUAAUAAGUUCAAGUUGGGGUUUGGGGUGGUGUUGAUGUAUAUUCUUGUCGCCAGGAUUCUAGGUGAUGGUGCCAUUCAGUCCGGUUAA